CUUCUGGAAUGAGGAGCUGCUGCAGGAUGUGUGUGCUGGCCUGGCAGAGGAGCUGUCCCUGGCCCCUGAUGCCCCUGGUGGCAUGGUGGAGUUCCGGCGUACCCUAACCCUCAGCUUCUUCUUCAAGUUCUACCUGACAGUGCUUAAGAAACUGGGCAAAGAGAACUCAGAAGAUAAGUGUGGCAAGCUGGACCCCACCCAUGCCAGUGCCACCUUACUUUUUCAGAAGGACCCUCCAGCCAACGUCCAGCUCUUCCAAGAGGUGCCCAAGGGUCAGUCUGAAGAGGACAUGGUGGGUCGGUCCCUGCCCCACCUGGCCGCGGCCAUGCAGGCGUCUGGGGAGGCCGUGUACUGUGACGACAUCCCUCGCUACGAGAAUGAGCUGUCCCUCCGGUUGGUCACCAGCACCCGGGCCCACGCCAAGAUCAA